UGAUGUGAAGUGAAGAAAAAAAAAAAAAUACAAAAAAAAAACAUUGAAAGCGUCUACCAUUCAGAGCAGCAGCUGCAGCUUCAGGGAAUUUUUAACUCUUCAACAAUGAGUGAAUCACUGGUGGUGUGUGAUGUGGACGAAGAUCUGGUUAAAAAGCUGAGGCAGUUCCGUUUCAGGAAGGAGACCAAUAAUGCGGCCAUCGUUAUGAAGAUUGAUAAAGAAAAGCAGCUGGUGAUUCUUGAGGAGGAACAUGAGGAUAUUUCUCCUGAUGAUCUAAAGGAUGAACUGCCUGAGCGACAGCCAAGAUUUAUCGUCUACAGUUAUAAAUACGAACAUGACGAUGGACGGGUUUCCUAUCCUCUCUGCUUCAUCUUCUCCAGUCCAGUGGGUUGCAGACCAGAGCAGCAGAUGAUGUACGCAGGAAGCAAAAACAAACUGGUGCAAACUGUUGAACUGUCUAAGGUGUUUGAGAUCAGAAACACAGAGGACCUAACGGAGGAAUGGCUUAGAGAGAAACUUGGGUUCUUCGGUUAAAGUCAUCUUAUCCAGUGGUCUGGGAUGUGAGGAGGAUCCAGAUUGCACAAUCUCUUGGGGAGAACACACCACAGUUAAUGUUUCCCUCUUCUGUGUACCAGACCUGAUUUAAAUAUUGUUUGCAAACACCUUCUGUACUCAGUUUUAGGUCUCUUUGGUAGAGUUUACGGAAAAUUACAAUUCAGUGUGACACUAACUAAACCUCACCCAUCUGGCAGCCUAAAACUGAAAACACUAUUUGACGCAGGUCUGCUUUUGUCUCCUAUACAAUCUCUCUGCGUGCCAGUUAUGUGUCUGUAUUGAAUUAACACUCCCAUAGCUCUUGAAUUGGUCAGAAAUUGAUUGUACUCGUCCGCUCUUCCUAAGUAUAUUCAUCAAGGAGAAUUUAAAAGCAUUGUAACAAAAAAAUUGUUUACUUAAAGUAGUUUACCCUCAACGUUUUUUAUUAGCAACGCUGAACCUCCUGUGUUUCACCUUUUUAUGUUUAAUACUUUUUCAUAAUUUUAGAUUUAUAUUUUUUUCCUGGUGUAUGUAGGAUAAUGUAAGCAUAUACUUUAUAGCAGUUUCCUUUUGUUGUGAAAAACAAACUUCCUGCCAAAACACAUGAACAAUCAUAGUUAUAAUUCAGAGAACAAUUUAGAGUUCAGCUUUAGUCAGUCUCAGUCUAUUAGUUUAAGGGCAUUUAGAUUAUAAUUUAGGUAACAAACUGUAAUUUGUUACACUAAUCACUCCAGUCUACAAAGGACAAUAACACUAAGACCAUUUGACAAGAGGCAUUCCUAAGAUAUUUUAUGUAAUGCACAUGAACAAGCUGGCAGAAGCCCUCGAGUGGUGCUUCAGUCCAUCCUCAGAGCACAUCUUUGUAUCUGUUUAGAGAGAAAACGGUGUGACUCAUGGGUAAAGCUGUAUUCUGCCUUUGACCUGCAUAUUUGUUACAACGAUAUCCCACUACUGAAAACAAUAUUUCCACUGAAACAUUCCAAACUGAACAAUUUAUAAUUUAGGACAAACCUCCAUCUCUGGCGACCAUGUCAGUAAUCUACUGGGCUACUUAACUGUCACUGUGUCUUUAGGGCGAUUGUUAGCUAAUAUUGUGCAUUAUAGCUAUUGCCGUUAUUAGUGUUUUUGAAUGUUGUGCUUCAUUUUGAUGUAAAGCCACUUUGAUUGCUUAGUGGUAGACACAGCCUUGAGAAUGACGGCUGUGACUUCUCCAAAUGCCAGUUGUGCUUAAUAUUUAGACUUGGUAGGUAAGGGACAGCAUCGGGGCCGUUCUGGAUGGAAAAUGCCUUCCAUCCAGAACAGGGUUUAACCAAUAUGGCUUUUUGAAGGCUGAUAAUGAUAUUUGCGUACUGAAUGUGCCAGCAGCUCAUAUUUCUUGCCAAUAUUACGUUACAACAGUUACGUUUGAUCUGCAUUCUUCAUUGUUCAUGCCCAGGCGUAACAUCUCUUCGUCGUUGCCUGCUGAAGAUCCUCUAAAACAGCAUUUAAACCAAUCCAACACACUAAAACGCCAAACCAGUUGCUAAUACUUAGUUGCUCUUAACUGCAGGGUGACCAAGCUUAAAUAGUUAAAGCUACAUAAAAUGUACUUUAAACAGGCAAAGAAAAUAAAAUUGUAUUGCUGGUGCUACAGGAUAAUUCCAGUGGCAGAUUUCUGAUCCUUAAUAAAAGCUUAAUAUCAGCUCUAUUGGUCUGACCCUAAUACAGAAUAAUAGGCACAAAUGAAUUCCACAUGUUUGCUCAUCAGUGUUAUCUCUCAUUGAGAAACUCCUACUUUGGAAACGGAUAAGGGAGCAUUGUGGCUGAUUUAAAGCCCCAAGGCAGGAAAUCACCACACAGUAAUGUAUGACGUCAUACUGCUAAGUCUACCAUAUCAAUGUCUUUUCUUAAUUUUUUUAAUUUUGCCACAUUAACGUCUCUCUUUAAACAAUCAUCUAGCCAAAUGAGAAUGUGACACAAAUAUGUUUUGGGGGGAAAAUAGAAGGUUGGAAAAGCUUUGUUGGGGGAUUAUGAUGAGUUUUUUAAGACACCAUUUUUUUCCUCUAACUUUCAGAUCUGUAAAAUCCAGAAGACAGGAUCUUUUGUUUUGUAUUUAAAUGUGAACUUGGUAGAGAUCUGACUCAAAGAUAGGUAUGCACAAUCACACCAUUUCAUGGAAAUCAUCUGUUGGUGUAAAAUGUUUGACAUUUAUCAUUAACGACUUGUCAGGGCAGGAUUUAAUACAACAGGAACAAUGGGGUAUAACUGUAAUCACUUGUUUUGCUGUUUACUGAUUCCAUCAAAGCUAACAUUUACACUGUCAGCUUGAAAUUAGUCAGUAUUAUGCUGCUGUAACUUCAACGUGGGUGAUUCUCGUGUUUUUAAUAGUUUCUGUUCUUACUUGAGCUGAGGUUGUAUGCUAUCUUAUUUGGGUAAAGGAAGUUUUAAGACCCUACAACCUGCAAAACCCUUUCAGAUCUCGCUGUAAAUUUUCAAAAAUGCACAGUCAAUCUGAAAUCAAGGAUGUCUGUCUUUAUAUUUAAUUUGAAAAGUGCAAUGUACUGAUUUCAGUUUGAAUAUAAAAACAUUCAGCUGUUAUCUUUUUAAAACAAAAUUCUUAAAACUUCUGUAAUGUGGAGAGCUACUGUAAAAGAUGUGCAUGCUUUAAUGUAUGUCUGAACGGGUGUCAUAUGCUGCUCUGUUGCAUGCAUUUUACAAUAUUAAGUUAAUUUUAUUAGACUGAAUUUAUUUGCAUACAAAUUCCUAAAAAAGGGGCAACAUUUGCAUCUCAAACAUCUGGUCUCAGCUGUGUUCUUACUCUAUCUGAAAUAUUUACAUACUGCUGUGCUGACAGUACUUUUGUUGAAGAAACCCUCUGUUUAUGCCAUUUUUCAUGGAAAUGGGUGGUAAUAGCUGUCCAUGAAUCAUGUAUCAAAAUCAAUUUUCCGAAUAUAUGGUCUACUUAACUUAGAGUUCCCUUUGGUUUUAAGCCAUGUACCUGGUUAUGUCCUGUGGGUCUAGUAGCUUUCCCUCCUAUGUGGUGAAACUGUUGUAUAUUUUGCCUCUUGAGUUUUUUACUUUAACUUGCAAAUGUGUUGUUCAGCUCUUGGUAUCCUCUCUGAUUAAAUGCUUACUAUUCUAUUUUCUUUCCUUUUUAAGAAAAACACCUGAGACAUGUAUCAUUACAAGCUGCCUCAUGGCAUCAGUGAAACUUGAGAUAUUUGUAUUUUCCCAUACUUUAUAAAGUGUCUUGUCCUAUCAUCCAAAUAAAAUGACAGUGAUGUUUAA